GACGAAGGGACGUGCGCGGUCACGACAACAGUGCGAAAAAAUUCAGCGAAAGCUAGUCCAGGCUGCUUCCUGACCUGAGCGUGUUUUCUAGAGGAAGUUGUCUCCAAGAAGGUGCAGAUUUUUUUAUGCACAACUGCACAGAAUUUGCACGACUGGGCUGCGGAAGUUUUGUGAGAUCCGGGACCGUCUGUGUGUUUAGUUUCUCGGGGUGGAGAGGAGGAGAGAGAGAGGAGAAGAAGAAGUUUCCGCUGGCUUGUUUUGUCGCUACGCGGCUGGUAAAUCCGCAGGAAUGUCGCAGAAGGAGAGACCUACUUUCUACCGUCAGGAGCUCAACAAAACCGUGUGGGAGGUCCCGGAGCGGUACCAGAACUUAUCUCCAGUGGGCUCCGGUGCUUACGGAUCCGUGUGUUCGGUGUAUGACGUGAAGACAGGCCUGAAGAUUGCAGUGAAGAAAUUGUCCAGACCCUUCCAGUCCAUCAUCCACGCAAAGAGAACCUACAGAGAGCUGCGGCUGCUGAAACACAUGAAGCACGAGAAUGUGAUUGGUCUAUUAGACGUUUUCACACCAGCGACAAGCUUAGAGGAAUUCAACGAUGUGUACUUGGUGACCCACCUAAUGGGUGCAGACCUCAACAACAUCGUCAAGUGUCAAAAGCUGACCGAUGACCACGUCCAGUUCCUCAUCUACCAGAUUCUCAGAGGCCUAAAGUACAUCCAUUCUGCAGAUAUCAUCCACCGAGAUUUGAAGCCGAGUAAUCUGGCUGUGAAUGAAGACUGUGAGCUCAAGAUCCUGGACUUUGGUUUGGCGCGGCACACAGAUGAUGAGAUGACAGGCUACGUAGCCACCCGGUGGUACCGCGCCCCAGAGAUCAUGCUCAACUGGAUGCACUACAACAUGACAGUGGAUAUCUGGUCGGUGGGCUGCAUCAUGGCUGAACUACUUACUGGACAGACGCUCUUCCCUGGCACAGACCAUAUAAACCAGCUGCAGCAGAUAAUGCGCCUGACGGGGACGCCCCCGGCCUCCCUCAUAAGCAGGAUGCCCAGCCACGAGGCGAGGAACUACAUUAACUCACUUCCCCACAUGCCCAAGAGAAACUUUGCUGAUGUGUUUAUUGGUGCCAACCCUCUUGCGGUGGACUUGCUGGAGAAAAUGCUGGUGCUGGACACAGACAAACGGAUCACGGCAUCUGAGGCUCUGGCCCACCCGUACUUUGCACAGUACCACGAUCCAGACGACGAGCCCGAAGCGGAGCCUUACGACCAGAGCUUCGAAAGCCGCGAGCUGGAAAUUGAGGAAUGGAAGAGGUUAACCUAUGAGGAGGUGAUCAGUUUUGAGCAGCCGUCGUUCGAUGGAGAUGAGAUGGAAUCCUGAAGAGGAUGAGGCACCUUUUCUUCCAUCUUUUGUUUUCCAAGAAACUUAAAGGACUAUCAGUCUCUUGUGACUAUCCACCACUUUUUCACACACACACACACACACACACACACACACACACACACACACACACACACACACACACACACACACACACACACACACACACACACACAACCAUGACAUUCAAGUGCCUGCCGUCAUUCAUCUCCGGGGGAUGUUGUUAUAUCGGGGAUAAAACUUGACAUCCUGUUCCUUCUGCCCCUGAACUUUGCUGUUUUGUUACUCUGCAUCCCAAGGCGCCAAGGCAGACUUUAAAUUCUCCUUUAUAUUUUUAGUGAGUUUUUACCUCAAACAUUUAUUGUUUGUACUGAUUUCCUCUUUGAUCUUGGAGAAAUUUAACUCCUUAUACGUAUUUUAUAAAAAUUGACCACUUAGCAGUAAUUAAUAUUAUAGGAAAAAAGUUUGAUAGGAUCAUUUCACACUGCUGUGUGUCUUUGUGUAUCUUUCCUCCACACAUUAAAAUAGAAUGUUAUUUCUAUCAUUGGAUAGAACUGUGUAAAUAUGACAAACAGUAUUUGUACAAAAGUACUUCAGUCAAACAGCGUAUUUGUGUAAUAGUCAUAAUUAAUGAGUCAAAUCUCAGCCGACCCCUUUGACAAUAUGAAUUUUAUUACUAGAGUUUAGCCUAAAAUGGUAUAUAAAAAGAUACAGUAUGUAAUUUAAUACAAGUAUUUAUAGGAUAGGCUAAAAUGUUAAAUAUUAUCCUCCACAAGGCAAAUUCAAGGCUUCAUAGUUCUCAUUGCUGGAUUUGAAGGUUUACUGUGUCCUUUUUUAACAGAAACAUGAGUUUGGAGAGUAUGGAGACUAGGCUUAUGUAUCCAUUUCACGUACUUAACAUUUGUUUCGUUUCUACUCUUUUCUCCACAUCAAGUCUUUUAACACUUCUGUCCUGUUGUUUCAGAAGAAUAUUACCGUCCCCAUUAUCACGACCUACAACUUCGCAUGUCAAAGCCAUAUUUGGCUUUUUCGUUUAUUGGAAUGUGAUGUUUCCCACCACAACUGACAAUGUACUUUUAUCAUAAUGCAUUUAUAGAACACAGUACUAUUAAUGUUUAUUGAAUGUUGGGGGCACCAGUCUGCCCUGUAUUUAUGAUCUUUUGUUAUGUUGUUUGUAUAUCGAUGUUAAAGAGAAUAUUAUUUGUCAGAAUUCAAGGUUCUUUUUAUUAUUUAUGGAAAGCUUACUGUAUCAGAAACCAAAUGUAUCGUUAAUAAUCUCAAACGUCAGUUAAGCCGUGGGGACUGCAGUUACAGCUUGUGUAUCUGAGCCAACACGUAUUAUUAAGAUGUUGCAGACAAACAUAUAGUUUUAAAUCAGUUUGAGCAACUGCCCAUUUUGGAGUGGUUUCUGUUCAUUUUGUUAUUUAGUUGAAAGCAGUUCUUAAACAUUUAUUUAACUUAUUGUGUUCCCUGAGGUACUGCCCUCCAAAAGUAUCAUAUUUUUUUUAAUAAAUUAAAUUAAAAACAUCAAAGAAAAAUAUGUAUUUCAACUACAUGAACAUUUUGUAUUGACAUGGAAACCACUGUACUACAAACAUUUAUUGACAAAAGAAAUAUCAUACCUUGUGACAUACAAGCUACAUCCACAGAUGUUCUGGCUAAUGUCAACCCCAAUAUCAGUGUCUUCACAAUUUAAUUUCCAACAGCUUGUUUUCAUAUAGUGCUUUUUCUAAUGUAUUAUUUUAUUCUCUGUGUGUAAAAUCAAAAUUUGAUAUUAUUCUGUGAUUCUUGUAAUAUUGACUGUUUUUUGAGUAAUGCUAGAAAUAUAUUUGCCAUUCAUUUGAAUAAUUUAGCAGGGCACAUGUUUGUGGGAAAGAGUGUACGUUUACUCACUGGAUGCUGAAGGGCAAUGCUGAAGCCUGGUUCUUUGUAAUUUUAAAACAACUGCAUACAUUAGAAAGGAUAUUUAUCUUUUUACAUAUCCAAAUGUCAGUCGUUCAUUUGGUUAUUGGUUUAUGCUUUCUUUGCCCGAGAUGUGUUCAUAUCUUUUUACAUUGUCACAUGUAUUAAGACAGCACGCCCCACCACCUGUAAAUACCACCAUUAGAAAAUAAAGGCUACUAUUUUUCA